UGUAUUUCAAACAACACCAAAUGGAAAACUUUCUUUUUGACGAUAUAAUGACCGAGAAUAACCUCUUCCAGGAGUUUGACCAACAAAGUCAAAGUUCCCUCCUCGAUGUCAUGGUGGAUGCCAUGAUGGAUCCUAUCAAAGAAGAACUCCCAGCCAUUGCUCAAUUAGACAAUUUAAAGAGUCUUGAGCCUCACAAGCAUGACCAUAUCCAAGCUCACGAGUCUAUCGAUCAGGGUCUGUUUUGCUUAGAUCCACAUAUCAAAGAGCCUGUUGAAGAUCUCAUGGUCAGAGACAGCUCCAAAGCCACUAGCUCAACUCCAAAAGUGGCACAUGAAAUGAAGAUAUUCAAAAUAUCUACUUGACCACAGAAAAAUGGUGGCCAGCUCAGUUCCACAUCAAAAGUCGAUACAAACAAAGAAGCCAUGCCUAUCAAAGACGAUCACACUGAAAUUGACUCUAAUGAAGUUGUGAUUGCAGUACCAGAGCCGAAAUCAGUUAAAAGACCCCGAAGAGAUGUCACAUACAAGACCAUUCUCAGAAAGUGCAGAAAGUUCUACCAGACCAGGUUCAACCAUCACACUGGUUAUCUCAAAAACAAGAAGAAGGAGCCCUGCAGCUUCUACAGAGCCUGCAUCCUCAAGUUCAUCGACUCAUACUUCGAGUACAACACACACCUCAACGUGAGUUUCCACCUGGGGUGUCUGCUGUAUCCGCAAGAGAUGACCAGAGGCAUCGAGAGCUUUGUGUACCCAAACGGGGUCAAAACAUUCACUCCGAAGAAAGUUGUGAAGCGCAAGAUUGAGACUCACAAGCAGCAAGUUGACAAACUGCAUAGCAUCUUGUACAAGUUCACUCAUGAAAAGCUCGACAAGUUCAUAUCUGUUCCGGAACUGGCUGCAAUCUUUGUCAACUUCAUCCAGAAUGGAGCUGGCAAAGAUGUGGCCAGCCAAGAAUUCAAAGCUGAGUAUGACGACUUGCUGAAGAGAUGCCUGAAGACUCUUUCGAAGUGAAAGAAAAUCAAAGGAGUCGCCACUCUGUUCGAUUAAGCAUGGACUUCAUCGGCAGUUUGGCCAUAUUUUAUUUAUCAGGAGUAACCUCCUCACAUAAUUAAUAUAAACAUU